AUGAAGCAGGGAGUUGCCCUCUUAUCGGCUUUCGGCUGGCUGCAGCUAACAUCUGCUGGAUGCUGUCGGUCAAACAAAUGUUUGCAAGACAUCACCAAUCCUCUGUUCGAUGGCCCGCAGGAUUGCUUGUCGCUUCUUGCUGUCACCAUCACGCCAGAGGCCAGCACAGUGACCGAAACGGUGACCGAAGUUCCUACAAUGAGCUGGGUAGAGACGGUCGUUUUCACUGAAUCGGUGACAUCCAUUCUUGUAACAGAGACAGAACUGCAAACCGUUGGUAUUACCACAACGGCCGACACCGAGACGGUUGUGGUCACCGUCACCCAAACCAUUGUGGCAACCGACACCAGCCUUCAGACCUUAACCACCACGGUCGCUCCGGCGUCGACUCGCAUCUAUGCUCGUGCUGCCGAGACCGAGCUGUCUCCCUCCAUGCCCUCAUAUGCCACGGCAAACUGCCCUUCGUGGGAGAAGUACGUCAAGGCGUGCAAAUGCGCGGGCGUUACGGCAACCACCAUUACCGCCGAAGGCCCGUCAGCCACCACUCUGACCUCCACUUUCACCGACACAGCGGCCAUCAUCUCUGUUCCCACCACGAUCUCUAUUACCACCACCGUCGUUGAGUCCGCCGUCACCACCGUGACCGACACCGAGACAAGCACCGCGCUGGUCACCGACACUGUCUCCUCCACCUUGACAGUAGACACCCCCUCGACCGUCACAAUCACCCAAACCGUCGUCGAGACCGUCUCCCCACAAGCAAGCUGCAAGCCCGGCCCCCAAGUCUUCAAAGCCUUUGCUCUCGAGGCAGGCACCACUCCCGUAUACUACAUCUACGCCAACCUCCUCAACGGCCUCACUGGCGGCAUCAACUGGCAAGGAUCUAGCAGCUCCACAGCCGCCAGCGUUCAAAAUAAAUAUAUAUGGUCGAUCGAUCAGAAUGGCUACCUCGGUCUGGCGUACAACGUCCCUCCUUACACUUAUUCAUACAAGGCGUACAUGAGCACGGCGUCUCCAGGGAGCAACUGGCCGCAGGUCAACAUUGCUACGUCGGUGGAUGCGCAGAUUGCAGGCGGAGCUGCCAUUUCAAAGAUCAAGGGAUGUAUCAACUCGUUGACGGGCGAGUUGACCCUCUCGGUUGCUGGGCGGAAAAACAUUUUGUGGUGCGGGGGGCAGAUGUGGAUGUCGGCUGGGUUGGGGGAGGACAUUAAUCGGGGGACCUGUAUACAAAUGUUUCCGAAGGUGAUUUCUUUGUAG